AUGGACAAACUCCUUGACUCGAAAAACACUUACAAAUUUGUGGUGCAUCAAUUUGCAUGCACUGCCACUACCUGUCCAGUCAAAGUUGAAGUCAAAAUAUUGCCACCUCGGCUGUCCGCGAGUAUGAUAGCCCUCCUGAUAAAUCCUCAAGACACUUUAGCUCGUGGACAGAAAGUGAUUGAGGAAGAUCCCGCAAGAUUCCCAGGACACAGGCCGUUAUAUCCAUUUCAGGUUCUUGGCAAUCUGCGUAAAUAUUUACAAGACGCAGGAAGUGAGAAUAGAAGGGAUAUUGCAGCGAGAAACAAGAGGUUCAGAUUGGCAUUCGGAGACGAUUGUGACGUCCUACUGAGUUACCUGGGUUUCAAGCUCGAGCUGAGACCAUCGUCCAAUCCCGUAGAGGAAUUCGAAGCAUUUUGGAUUUUACCCGUUGUCGAUGAUAAGAACCGCAUAUUCAUAGACGAUAUCACGUUCGAGCUCAACCAGCUCAUGCUUGAGCGACCAGAUAUGGAGCAAAAGGCACCUUCAACUCAAACCCUCGACUCUCCCACCUAUGCUUUACCUGAUAUUUUACGAUCUUUGGCUUGCGAUGACUAUCCGAAAAGAGAUGCUGUUCAAAUCGUGGAUUCUAUGGAGCAUCCAUGUUACGCUAGUCUAGGCGCAAUCGAACAAUUCACGGAUGACCUCUUAGCUUGGAGUUAUGAUCGACAAUGUCAAUGUGACCCGGAGAACAAGCCAUACUAUCUGGACUGUUUGCGGGAGCUUGGAAACGGACGCCGCAGUUCCGAUCUUCAAACGAAAGCUACAAUGAUCAUGUCUACUGGAGAAGUCAGUCUGAAAGAUAUCGAGAAAGCUUACUCAUUCUUUGCGCUUCGGAGAAGCGAUAUCAAGUCUGAGGCCGAUGACUACAUUAUUGGUGUUUAUCAGUCUCGUAUUGACUCUGCACCUCGCCAGAAAGACGAGGCACGCGAAUGUCUGCGUGUGAUAGCAAAGGAUAGGCGGAGCAUUGCUAUAGAAACUGUAGCGAAUGAUAGGACAAUGACGUUUGAGGAAGCUCUCGAAUUCCUAAGUGUCACUUCAGAUACUGCCUCGGAUAGCAUUGAAGCUGCCGCAAUCGCCAUGUCCUUCGAAGGUGACAAGGGUAAAGUCGCAAAAGCCUUGAGGGCUAUUGCUAACAACCGCGGAAAUGAUUACACCCUGCAGCGUGCGGCUACAUCCAUGGAGUCAGGAACUGAAGAUUCGAAUCUUGACGUUGGCGAAGCAUACAAUCGACUUCAAAUCAACGACAGGCGUGCUCCAGAUGAUACCGUACUUGCCUAUUACGAAAGCUUGAGGGCUGGUGCUCCUGCUGGAUCAUCGGAUAGCUACACAGAGGCGUUUCGGGUGAUAGCUCAUGAUCGACAGAGUAGCUACUUGUUAAGAAAACUUGAUGAUCCACAUGCUGAUAUCCAAGCGGAAAAGUCAACAGUUAAUCAACCUGUUGGUCUGGACAACAUUGGGAACACUUGCUAUCUGAACAGCCUCCUUCAAUAUUACUACACGGUCAAAUCUGUUCGACAGGUAGUUAUGAAUUUUGAACAAAUUCGCAUGUCUUUAAAUGAGGAGGAUAUCAAGAAGAAGCGUGUUGGAGGUCGUGCGGUCAGUAAAGCUGAAAUCAUCAAGGCUCAAAAAUUCGUGAUGGAAUUACACGACCUUUUUGAAAAUCUGAAGACUGCCUCAACAAGAUCCGUCAAGCCUACCAGAGAGUUAGCCGAAUUGACUAUAUUUAGCUCAGCAGCUGAAGCGAAUUUUCGACGAGCUUCUAUCAGUAGUCCAAGUGGUCCUCCGAACAUCGCAUCCAUGAUAAGCCCCAUCUUUGGACCAGAAGGGCCCCCGACGGUUACAAUCCCUCCUCCACGUUCAACUGAUGAGGACAUUGAAAUGGUCGAACGACCUGAAGACAAAGACUCAAAUCAACGCGAUGAUAGUAGUGAAGGCACAUUAGUAGAGGCACCAGACAUGGAUGGUCUACCUCCAUACUCUGAUGUUGUAGGUAAAACAAGUGCGGCAGUAGAAAAAGUCUGGGACAGCAAGACAGAGGACACUAGCAGUACAUUUGACGAUGCUGUCAUGGUCGAUGGUGAUUCGGUAUCCCAAGCUCCGGACGUCGUCCCCACUGCACCAGAAAAGCCACCUCCAAUCCCUCCAAGAAAUAAAGCUGGCCUUUCCAUACAGACAAAUGAUGAAAAAGAGGUCAUCACCGACGAUGACUUAUGGAAAUUUGGAUCCCAGCAAGAUGUUACAGAGGUCAUCGGAAACGUGAUGUUUCGUUUACAAUGUGCUAUUAAACCAACCAGUAUCGAUCCUGUAUCUGGUGAGCAAAUCGACAAUAUCAGGGACACAUUUUAUGGUGCAAAUGCAUCCUACCUUAGAAAGUCGCAAAAGUUAGAAAAGAAAGUUGAGCCAUGGGCUAAUCUUAUCAUUUUCCCGGAUGAGAACAAAUCUCGAGACAUUUACGAAGCAUUAGAUGUGGUCUUUGAUGAACAGCAAGUACAUAUUGAUGGUACUGUUCAACCACAAUAUGCAUCUAUUACUAAAUUACCUCCCAUCCUACAAGUACAAAUCCAACGCACACGUUACGAUAAUAUCAAGCAUACGGCAUAUAAGAACAGAAAUGCGGUAAUAUUCCCAGAGACGAUAUACCUUGAUAGAUAUAUGGACUCUGAAGAUCCUGACUCUAUUUUGAUGCGCCGGCGCCAAGAAGCAUGGAAAUGGAAGGCUCGUAUCAAUACUCUGGAAGAGCGACAACGGACCCUCGGGCAAGAGAAAACAGCAGAAGAAAUCUCUGUUUGUGAUGCGUUAUCCGCAGCACAUAGUUUUACUAAAAGUUUGCAGGAGAUGGAUGAUAUCGAAGUUGACACAGACUUAAUCACAAUGCUGGAAGAACGUCAAGCAGAACUAACUCAAGAGAUUCAAAGAAAUAACGAAGAAAUCCAGCUCCUCAAACAAAAACGAAAUGAGCAAUUCACCAACAUGACAAAGUAUGAAUACAAACUCCAAACGGUAUUUAUUCAUCGUGGUGAAGCUGGUGGUGGUCAUUACUGGAUCUAUAUUUAUGAUUUUGAGAAUGAUGUCUGGAGAGAAUACAAUGAUGAAUAUGUUACGGAAGUGCGUGAUCGUCGUAGAAUCUUUGAACACGAAGCUGCUGGUGCGAGUGGCACUCCUUACUAUCUCGGCUAUGUACGAAGUUCAGAUGUGAAGGAUUUGGUAGGGGCUGUGCAUAGGGACUUGAGAGAAGUUGAGAUGCCAAAAUUACCUCCUGCUACAAGUACGAAUUCGUGGGCUAAAAACUUAGAGAAUGGUGUUGAGGUACAUCAUAAUGAGGAUAUCGAGAUGGGGGAAGUGAAGAAUGCGGGAUUUGUGAACCCGCGACAUAUACACAUUAUGCCGAAGAAGGAUGUAGAGAAUAAGACGGGUGUUACUUCGCAAAUGCCAUUGGAUGAACAUGGCAAUACUUGGUAA